AAACGGUUGCGUUUUCAUAUUUUCGCCGAUUGUUGUUGUUCUUGUAAUGAUUUAUUUGUUUGGUUGCUGAGAAAAUUGAAACGGAAAAUAAUGGGGGAUAAUUGGAAUAAACUGUGUUUGAUUUUUGGAAAUGGAGAGAGUGGAAUUGAGACGAGGAGUUUGUUUGAUCUAAGGGAAUUAAAUGAAAAUGUGAUGUUUAAUAAUGUUUUGGUUGUUUUCUCUCUCAUUUCUUGCGUUUUCUCAGUUGCCAAACAGAGGUUAAAUGGUGUUUGGAAUUGAAUUGAUUGCAGAGAGAAACAGAGAUCCAAUUUGAAAUUCAAUUUAUUUUGUUUUGUGUAAUUAUAAGAUUUAGUUGUGAUUGAGGAAUAGAAGAAAUUACUAUUUUCACUGCCUUUAUUUAGCUUCACAGUGAAGAACACCGACAAUGAAGGUGAUGAAUAAGAGGAUGACGGUGAUUUCGGGGGAUCUUGAUCUAUUUUAUACAGAGAUCUAACGUGUGAAAAUAAUCAUCUGAAAGCAUGUUUGUUGUGAUUAAAUGCAAAAUUUUAAUGCAUUUUAAGCAGAUGGAUACAUAGGUUUUGGUUGGUAGUUGAUACUUGAUACUGCUUAUACAAAUGGCAAUUGCUAGUCUACACAAUGUUUCUGUGCUUGAUUCUUCGUUUCUUAGGGACUCUCAGUCAGAAGGUGUUACAAGACGGGGUGAUGAUGGGAGUAGAACCCGAGCAUCAUCAGUUCUACAGAUGUGGCGGGAGCUUGAGGAUGAGCAGGUGGUGACUCAACCCCGAGGGAGGAUAGGUGGGAGAGUAUUCCAGACUAGAAGUGAUGGACUGAGUUCUGAUCUUUCGAGGGUGGAUUCAUCUGAGAGCAAUAGUAGUGAGCACAGCGUCACUUCUGAGGAUGUUAGUAUGAGUGAGAAUGAUUACGGACAAUGGUCGCCUCGUCCAAUUGGAUCAGAGAGUGGACAAGAAGAUUCUUCUGAUCUGGGGGAGAUUGAAAGGGAAAGGGUCCGGCAGAUUUUUCAGGAUUGGAUGAACUGUGCUGCAAGGGAACGCACAUCUAGUUUAUCCCGGAGGACCAACAAUUCUAGAGCAGAACGGCUUGGUGAAUCCGAGCAGGAGAGAGUUAGAAACACAAGAGAGUGUGUACAAAUGAACAGUCGGCACAGAGUCUCUCGUGUUCAGCAUAGAGAAGAGCACGGUGCUGCAAAUGUGGGUCAUGUUGAACAAGUUCUUGGUGGUUCUGUUGUUGAUCAUUUUGGAGGCCGAACUGAGCAUACUAGAAGGGGCAUUCGCCGGUUAUGUGGUAGACAGGCUCUGCUUGAUAUGCUAAAAAAGGCUGAGAUAGAGAGGCGACAAGAGCUUCAAGGUCUGUUGCAGCAUCGGGCUGUAUCACAAUUUGCUCAUCGCAACCGCAUUCAGGCCUUACUUAGAGGUAGAUUCUUGCGAAAUGACAGAAUAAUUGAAGUUGAGAGACCUACAUCAACAGCAGCAAGUGAAUUAGGUUUACUGAGGCAAAGACAUACAGUAUCAGAUUUGAGGGAAGGGUUCUUCUCCAGAUUGGACCACUCUGUUGGUCAAGCUAGUAGCAGGAGCAGCAGCAGCUCUGAUACCUCAUCGAACAUUUACAUUAAUGGUAAUGGAAGUGAACAAACCCAAGCAAAUACUUCGCAACAGGAUGUAGGGGAUUUUCAUGAAGAAACCAAUUCAAAUAUUGAAGAAAGUGAGGACCAUGGGUUAUCAGAUAAUAGAGUUGAUAUUGAAAGUAGCAUCAUUGAAGCUAGAAGCUCGCGGGAGCUCACUUCUGGUUCCGAUGCAGGUUCAAGACAAGAUUCAGAAGAUUGGAUAAGAGGCAGGCAAAUAUUCAUGAAUUCUGAACUUGUUGAGAGGGGAGAUGGUAAUGGAGAUGAGGUGGAUACUAAUUUGCGACAAGAUAUUAAUGAAAAUGAAGUUGAAGAGCAUAUCCUUCUGCAUUCAACCAGUGAAAUAGUGUCUCAACAAUUAGAGCAAAAUGGGAAUGGAAGUUUUGGCGCUGUCUUAUCCAGUCAAGUGGAUGGUCUUGAAAGAAAUGCAGCUGAAGAUGUGAAUUGGCUUGAAUCUUCUUCACAAGUAGAUCAGCUAGAGGGUCGAUCAUUUGCAAGCGGUGAUAGAGGCUUGUUUGGAGAUGUUCUUGGAUAUAAUGAAUGGAGGGAGGGUGUUCAAGAUAACAUAGAUGAACAUCAUCAUGAAAACAAUGCUAAUGAAUUGCCAGAAAAUGAUGACAGGGGUGAAUUUGAAGCGUGGCGUGAAGGUGGCGAGUCUCCAGAGGCUGUGCAUAGCUGGUUAGAAGAGCCUUCUGAACGAGAAGCUGUUUCUGUUGGAAGGAUGGAUCCUUUUUACUUUCCUGAUGAUGAUAAUGUGUACAGUGCGGAACUCAGGGAGCUCUUAAGCAGGAGAAGCGUUUCUACUCUGCUACACAGUGGCUUCCGUGAGAGUCUUGAUCAAUUGAUACGAUCAUAUGCUGAAAGGCAAAGCCAUGUGCCGCUUGACUGGGAAAUGGAAGGGGCAUCUGCAACUCCUGCAUCAGCAGAUCAAGAACUGGAGCAGCUGAGUAGGGAUCAGAAUGAAGGUCAGGAAGAUUCUGUUCAGCGUCCUCCAGUUCUACCUUCCCAAUCAAUUCCCCCAGUUCAGCAGCUCUGGGAUCAGGAACCGCAGCAUUUUACUUGGCCACAGCACGACAUGCAUCAACGCUUUGGAAUAGAGUGGGACAUCAUUAAUGAUAUGAGGAUUGACAUGGCUAGGCUACAACAAAGAAUGAAUAACAUGCAGAGGAUGCUUGAAGCCUGUAUGGAUAUGCAACUAGAGUUGCAGCGGUCAAUAAGACAAGAAGUUUCUGCUGCCCUGAAUAGGUCAGCUGGUUCAGCAGGGGUUUGUGAAAACAGUUUGCCGGAGGAUAGAUCUAAAUGGGAUCAUGUGAGAAAAGGAGUUUGCUGUAUAUGCUGUGAUAGCAAUAUAGAUUCUUUGUUGUACAGAUGUGGGCACAUGUGCACAUGUUCAAAAUGUGCAAGUGAGUUGGUCCGAAAAGGAGAAAAGUGUCCAAUGUGCAGAGCACCGGUUAUUGAGGUGAUCCGCGCAUACUCCAUCUUAUAAGUUUUUUGAUAAAGAAAAAGAUCAAAGAUCAAAGAUCAAAGGAUAGAUACAAAAGCAAUUUGGAUUAACAAUAUAGAGAAAUUGUCAGUUCUUGCCAGGUAUUUAUUUAUUUCUUCAUGCCAUGGUUUUGAUGAUAUUGAUUGUAUGAUUGAUUGAACUGAUCUUGUUUGGUUCGUCAUCUUGAUGUGAAUAAAAGAUAAUAUCGAGUGGAAUCAUGUUAUAGUAUUAGCUUGGGAGAUCUAGAUUUUCUGGGAAACUUUUUUUUUUCUUAGGCGUUGUACAAAAUUAGCAACUUAUAUUCUGAUUCCUGAAAGCCCUCAAUCAAUUUUAAGUGGGGGCAUAUAGCAAUGUGCUCUCGGCGGCACGCCCUGUAAAAGAUAUAUUGUACAACUUGCUAAUUUUGUUGAUUGUUCUAUUAUUAUCUCUCUCUUUUCCAAAGUA